UGUGUCGCUGGUAUCCGCGGCGGAAUUUCGGUGUUACUCUCGGUUGCGCUUCCGCCUGAAGAUGGCGGAGUAUGUUCAAGUCUUUCGCAGGGCUUUGGGCCAGUUAGGGGGUCACGGAGGGAUUCGCGGUCUCCUUCUUCAGUUAUUUAGAGUAAAUGAUCUCAAAACGGGAGCAUUGAUUGGUGUUGACAAAUAUGGAAACAAGUACUACGAAGAUAAGCGUAACUUCUUCGGUCGCCACCGAUGGGUCAUUUACACGCUGGAAAUGAACGGAAAGCGUACCGUGUGGGAAGUAGACGGCAGUAUGGUGCCAGCUGAGUGGCACCGCUGGCUUCACUGCAUGACAGAGGAUCCACCCACCACCCACCCCCCGGUGCCCCGGAAAUUCAUAGCAGAGACCCACAAGUUCAACUUGAGCGCCACGUCCGAUCAGUACGUCCCUUACUCCACCACGCGGAAGAAGAUCCACGAGUGGGUGCCCCCAAAGGCUAGCUCUGUGUAACCGGAGCUGACCUGAGCCACCGUGACUCUCCUUAUGGAAGUUUCUGUAAAUUAUGAUUCUUACCUCUAUACCUACUUCAAAUAAUAAAAUGGUAAAUGUGCA